AUGAGCGUGCUUCUGGACAAGUCAAUGUUUUCAGUUAGCCGAAAUAUGCCUCAGAACCAUCAUUAUGAGCUUAAACAACUUUUGGGAGUCAAGGCAGUGGAAAACUUUGACAUAUAUUUGGGAUUACCAACUAUUAUUGGUAAGUCUAAAUCUCAGAGUUUUCAAUUUGUUAAGGAUCGUGUUUGGAAAAAGUUUAAGGGGUGGAAAGAGGGUUCUCUUCCGAGGUUAGGAAAAGAGGUUUUUAUUAAAUCGGUAGCGCAAGCUAUAUCGUCUUAUGUUAUGUUUUGCUUUAUGCUUCCUAAUGGUCUUUGUGCAAAUAUUGAGAGUAUGAUUUUCUGGUUCUACUGGGGUGGAAAUGUCUUAAAAAGGGGUCUUCAUUGGACUAGUUGGAGUAAGCUCUGUCGCUCUAAAUGUGAUGGCGGGCUGGGCUUUCGUGAUUUUCAUGCUUUUAAUAUAGCUCUUGUUGCCAAGAAUUGGUGGCGAAUUUAUUCCCACUCGGAGUCCCUUUUUGCUCAGAUUUUCAAAGGAGUGUACUUUUCGAAUGGAACUAUUAUUAAUGCUCAGAAGGGUUGGCGCCCGAGCUAUGCUUGGUCAAGCAUUUGGGGAACUAAAUGA